AUGGAAAGGUGGCGAAAGCUUCACGGCCGCCGCCUCGAUCACGAAGAACGAACUCGGAAGAAGGCCGCUCGUGAGGGACAUAAGGCGUCUGAAGAUGCGCAGAAACUCACUGGUUUGAGGGCGAAGCUCUACCAGAAGAAGAGACAUCACGAGAAGAUCCAGAUGAAGAAACAGAUCAAGGCCCACGAAGAGAGAAAUGUCAAGUCUUCCGCGCCCAACGAACCAUCCACUACCCCUCUCCCACAAUAUCUUCUCGAUCGAUCAAAUCCUACGAAUGCUAAGGCGUUAUCGAGUGCGAUCAAGAAUAAGAGGGCUGAGAAAGCGGCCAAAUUUAGCGUUCCUCUGCCAAAGGUCCGAGGUAUUGCUGAAGAGGAAAUGUUUAAGGUUGUUAAGACCGGAAAGAAAACCGCGAAGAAGGGUUGGAAGCGAAUGAUCACAAAACCAACGUUCGUUGGACCAGAUUUCACCAGAAGACCGGUCAAAUACGAGCGCUUCAUUCGUCCUAUGGGUUUGCGAUACAAGAAAGCCCAUGUCACGCAUCCUGAACUCGGAGUUACAGUCAAUCUUCCAAUCAUUAGCGUCAAGAAGAAUCCUCAAAACCCAAUGUACACACAACUUGGUGUUUUGACCAAAGGUACGAUUAUCGAAGUCAAUGUCAGUGAUUUGGGUCUGGUGACGGCUGGUGGUAAGGUCGUUUGGGGUAGAUGGGCACAGAUCACCAACAAUUGUGAAAAUGAUGGGUGUGUCAACGCCGUCCUCCUUGUUUAA